UCGUGUCAAAGUUCACUAUAUAGAGAGCUCAGUGAGCUGAUCGCGGAGAAGCCACUUCUGCCAGCCCCGGCGCCUAUAAAUCGCAUUCCCUCCCGCGCCCCCCUUUUUAGCAUAUUUGAUCACUUUGAUUCUCUGUUCUUUUCUCUCCGCGGUGUGUGUGUGCGUGCGCGCGUGUGUUUUCUUCUCCUCCUCCUCCUCUCCCCGAGUUGCCUCCUUUCUCCGGUUGCCGUACUGCCUUUUUUCCCCUCUUUCAUUCUUUCUCUCCGUCUUUUUCUCCCCCCUCUGCGCACGAAGGAUGUGCUUCUAGGUGGUGAUCUGCCCUCCUUUCUCUCUUUUAUCAUUUCUCCCCUGCCGCCGGCGAGUUGACUCUUUCCCUAUGUGUGUGAGGCGGCGGCGGCAGCAGCAGCAGCAGCAGCAGCAGCGGCUCCGGCGGCGGCAGCAGCGGCAGCAGCGACUUCACCGGCGGCGGCGGCGCUAGACGCGGCGGCUCCGGGCCCGACCCGGAGGCUUCGGCGGCGGCUCCGGCGGCGGCAGCGGCCCGGGCGGCCCUCAGGGAGCGGAGAGCGGCCUCCACCAAGCGACUGCGAGCAGCGGCCACCGGAGCAAGCGAGGCGCGCGCCGGACGCCCAGGGCAGGCGGCCGCGGCGGCCCAGCGCCAGGACGACGCCGCUCAGCGCCCGACGCGGACCACUUUCAUGCUGAUUCCCCCGGACCCGGGCAGUGCUCUGGCCACUCAGCGGGCCGCCGGCCUCCGCCCCGGCCUGCCUGGCUCCCUGGGCGCGCCCGCACCCGGCGCCUCCGCUCUCCUAGUCCUCCAGAUUUCGAUGGCUUUCCUGAAUGGCUGACUGUGGGCUGCCCUGGACUUGGCCCCCGGACAGUCGCCUCUCCUCCUCCUCCUCCUCCUUUUCCUCCUCCUCCUCCUCCUCCUCCUCCUCCUCCUCCUCCUUCUCCUCCUCCUCCUCCUCCAACUCCUCGGCUGCACACCAGAUCUGAGAGCGAGAGAGUGAACGAGAGAGGGAGGGAGAGAGUGAGAGAGAGCGAGAUCUUUGGAGAGAUUUUUUUUUUUUUUUUUUUUGCCUCCUACUUCUGUCUUGAAGCCAGACAAUCGACUUGCAGCUCUCCCUCCCCUCCCUCUCUCUCCACGUUCUGCUCCCACUCGCUCUCCCCUGUCCCCUUCCCCUCCCCUCCCGACGGAAACCCCCGAAACCAACAAAGCUGAGCCGAGGGAAACAAACAAAACAAACACACCGGGCCAGACAAGCAAUCGACAAAACUUUGCAAAAGCAAAAACAAAAAAGGAAAAACUAACCAACCUCAAUCAACUAGCCCUGAGCCACCCGGGGCGCCCUCCCGCGCCCUCUCGCACCCUCGCACACACAAAAGGCGGCGCGCCGGAGCCCGAGACCCGGGAGCCGCCGCCGCCCCGCCGCCGCCCGCAGCCAGGGGAGCAGGAAGUCCGGACUCGGCCCCCAUAGAUAUGGCAAUGGUAGUCAGCACGUGGCGCGACCCCCAGGACGAGGUGCCCGGCUCCCAGGGCAGCCAGGCCUCGCAGGCGCCGCCCGUGCCCGGCCCGCCGCCUGGCGCCCCGCACACGCCACAGACGCCUGGCCAAGGGGGCCCGGCCAGUACACCGGCUCAGACAGCGGCUGGGGGCCAGGGCGGCCCUGGUGGCCCGGGCGGCGACAAACAGCAACAGCAGCAGCACAUUGAGUGCGUGGUGUGCGGGGACAAGUCGAGCGGCAAGCACUACGGCCAGUUCACGUGCGAGGGCUGCAAGAGCUUCUUCAAGCGCAGCGUGCGGAGGAACCUGAGCUACACGUGCCGCGCCAACCGGAACUGUCCCAUCGACCAGCACCACCGCAACCAGUGCCAGUACUGCCGCCUCAAAAAGUGCCUCAAAGUGGGCAUGAGACGGGAAGCGGUGCAGAGGGGCAGGAUGCCGCCCACCCAGCCGACCCACGGGCAGUUCGCACUGACCAACGGGGACCCCCUCAACUGCCACUCCUACCUGUCCGGAUAUAUUUCUCUGCUGCUGCGCGCCGAACCCUAUCCCACGUCGCGCUUCGGCAGCCAGUGCAUGCAACCUAACAACAUCAUGGGCAUCGAGAACAUUUGCGAACUGGCCGCUCGGAUGCUCUUCAGCGCCGUCGAGUGGGCCCGGAACAUCCCCUUCUUCCCUGACCUGCAGAUCACGGACCAGGUGGCCCUGCUUCGCCUCACCUGGAGCGAGCUGUUCGUGUUGAAUGCAGCGCAGUGCUCCAUGCCCCUCCACGUAGCCCCACUUCUGGCCGCUGCUGGCCUCCACGCUUCGCCCAUGUCCGCCGACCGGGUGGUCGCCUUUAUGGACCACAUACGGAUCUUCCAAGAGCAAGUGGAGAAGCUCAAGGCGCUGCAUGUUGAUUCCGCCGAGUACAGCUGCCUCAAGGCCAUAGUCCUGUUCACCUCAGAUGCCUGUGGUCUCUCUGAUGUAGCCCAUGUGGAAAGCUUGCAGGAAAAGUCCCAGUGUGCUUUGGAAGAAUAUGUUAGGAGCCAGUACCCCAACCAGCCAACGCGAUUCGGAAAGCUUUUGCUUCGCCUCCCUUCCCUCCGCACGGUCUCCUCCUCAGUCAUAGAGCAAUUGUUUUUCGUCCGUUUGGUAGGUAAAACCCCCAUCGAAACCCUCAUCCGGGAUAUGUUACUGUCCGGCAGCAGUUUUAACUGGCCGUAUAUGGCAAUUCAAUAAAUAAAUAAAUCAAAUAAGAAGGGGGAGUGAAACAGUGAAAGAAAAGGCAAAAGACUGGUUUGUUUGCUUAAAAUUUCCUUCUGUUAAGAAAGGAUAUAAAAGGAUGUUACAAGUUUGCUAAAAGAAGAGAGGGGAAGAAUUUAAUGGACUGUGAAUUUCAAAAAAAAAAAAAAAGACUGUCAAAUGAACUUUUACAGAAUGCAUUAAAAAACUCCUGUGUUGGUCAGAACAACUUGCUACUUAUCAUUUUUGUAUAAAAAGGAAAUUAGUCUUUUUCUUUUUUUGGUAAAAUUUUGAAAAAUAUUGCUAAAAGUGCAUUUAAGGAGAUUGGGAGAAAAUUAGCAGAAUGGAGAAAGUAAGUCUUUUUUUUUUUCCAAAUUAUUAAUUGUCCUGUGUCUAUGUACCUCUAGCUGUUCUUUUUUGUACUUUUCUGGUUCCAAACCAGUUUAUUCUGUGGUUCUAUAAUAAGUUUUGAUAUAAUCUUGGCUUCUUAAAAACUGUGUAUCAUUAAAAUAUAUGUUCUGCAAGAAUUAAAACUGAGUCCAUGAAAAUAUCAUAGGAAGACAUAAAACUUUAAAAGGCAACUUAAAGAUGAUGGAAACGCACUUACAAGUGGUGACCAAAAAUUUUAGGUGAAGUUGAGCACUCUAAUUAGAGAACUGGAGGAACCACAUACAACACUUAACUUCCCCUACCCCCCCCCAAAAAAAAAGACACCAAGACAAACCUAGCUUUUUAAGAAUAUUUUAA